AUGCCCUCUGCCACGGCAUCAGAAGCAAGCGACAAAUCCCGUCAACACAAAAAGACCAUGUCCUCCAUCUCUAGCACCUCCUCUGCCGGCGCCCAGCCGCGUGGCAGCCAAUCACCACCUGCGGCCAUGAACCGUGAAACCACCCCAGAGUCGCUUGCCGACGCUGAUCAAAAGACCAAGAAGAGGAUCCAGAACAGAGUUGCCCAAAGAACGUACCGCAACCGUAUGAAGCAGCGGGUACAGGACCUCGAGCAGCAGCUUUGUGAGAUGCGUGCUAGACAACAGCAGCAGCAGUACUACCCCCAGGACAUGCCCGGAACUGUCACUCCUGACGGCUCAAUGGGCUUUGUCCCAAAUGCCGGAAACAUGCCUCCCACUCUUUGGCAACAAACGAUGACCCUUCCCAGAACCCCGGGCUCGAUGUCCCAUGACAUGUGGCCUGGCAUGGCUGUUGACGGCACCGCUCAAGCCAUGCCCGAGACAGUAUCCAUGGCUGCGAACCCCUACAUAGCCCGCAGCUUCCACCACCAACCUCCCUUCAACAACCCGGCUCUUUUAAAUCAACUCAACCCCUCAGCCGCCACCGGCCUCGAACAGGUUCCGAUGAUGUCUCCCAGCCUGGAGAUGCCCGGCGAGUCCUCUAUGCAAAGACUGUAUCGUAACGGAAGCACUGCAUCGACACCCAACCAAGAGUCUCUUCAAUUAGACGCUCAUUUUGGAUACAGAGGAACUGUCACAGGUCUCGGCCAUGCCUCUGAAAUCUCCGAAGAAGAUGGAAAUGAUACCAAACUCUUCACGAACCCUACUUCCUGGGAAAACAGCCCUGCUAUGAUGUCGCCAACCAGCUCAAGAACAGGAACGGUGGCUCCACAGAGCGCUAUUUCCGCUUCACCAUGGGGCUCUAUUGCAACCGCCGCAACCGAAGUUUCAGACGCCGGAUCGCCGCACCAAUUUUCGAGUAUCGAAGAGCGUUUCGAAUACGUCCUGGAGUGUGCUCGUCGCGUUGGGUUCGAUACGUUUGACUCGAUGGCUGCCCAGUACUACGGAAGCUGCUUCGACCCUUGCUCCUCUCUCGCAAUGGACCAGCGGCUGAGUCGCAACCGGCACCUGCCUGCCCUGUUGGCCGAGAUUCGACAAAAGUCCACGCAGUGGAGUGUGUGGGAGAGGCGUGCGUACCAAGAUGAGGCGCUCAAAACGGCAGAAGACAUCUGCGCCAUCGAGUGCCGAGAAUUCCGAUCCAACCAGGAUCUAUGCGAUGGCAAUGCCAUGAAUCUGGCCACCAUCCAACAAAAACUACCCAAUGUGUGGACGCUACUGUCUGGCUUAGCCUCCGCCACACCGCUGCAAAGACAGGGUGACCGCUCGAACCUGGUCUACAACAGCAUCAAGCAGCUCUGUGCACUGGGCGAUGCAUCUAGCCAUAUGGCUGUGGAUAGCCAGUAG